UAGAACUCUUCUCUUGAGCGCCAGAGUGGACCAUCAGCUUUUUGAUGGAUCUGUAAAAAAGUGUAAUUUGUUGUUUUUUAUUUUUAUUUUUUAUUAAAAAAAAGACAUUUCAACUAUUAACUUAACUACACUCAUCAAUCUACUUCUCAAUAAAAUUAAAAACACAUCAAUAUUUAUUCCCCUUCAAAUAAAAUUCUUGUAACUUUGUUAAAUGGCGUGCUUUGAAUUAUAAUACAUAAAAGUUGUGUGUCGUCCAAAAAAAGAGUGACUUUCUGUUUGCUGCUGGGAUGCAUAUUUUCAUCGUCGUCGUUGUCGACGCUUAUAAAACGGCGCCAUUUUAGAAUGUGAAUAAUAUAAAAAUUUAUUGAAAAAAAAAAAACAAUUUUUUGCCUCCGGACUCGAAAUAAUGAAACACAAAAGCCAUCAUGAAGCGAAGGUUGUGGCUCAGGCAGCACCACAGUCGAGCGAAAAUGAAGAGUCCGAUUGCACGGCUACAGAAUCAAGUUCAAUGUCAGAACGUUUGCAUAAAAAAAGACGAAAAAGUACAACACAAUUUAGCGUCUUAAGGUCCGACACGGAUGGUCUGCGCAUGAAAAUAUCAGCCAUUCGACGAAAGACAACUACUGACUUUAAACGAGAUGAUGAGAAACGUCGUUCGGAUAACAAUAAUAUCGAGCCAACAAAAUUGGCCAAGGACAAAAUGAUAGCACCAAUAGAAUCUGCAAAGCCAACAGUUUCCACAGGAAAAUCAUGUUGCUCUGUGUAUGUUAAGGAAAGUGACUCAAAAUCAGAGGCUAGUAGUACAGGAAAAAUAAAAAAGCUGAAACUUAAACGAAAAAAAAUCAAUAUUCGCCAACAGACAGGAAAACACUAUGACACAAAUCAGCUGGUAUUUGGUGUAAUAAAUCCCAAUCCCCAAUCAUCAUCCAAAGCGAAAGAUACAAAUAUAAAUCAAUUAAAGGAUCGACCAUUAAGCAGUUUUAACCAACCGCAUCUGCUUCCGGAUGAAAACAUUGGCCUUUCUUCGAGUGACAACGAUUUGCCGGCUUUAGUCAAUGCAGCUAUUAAGUGUGUCGAGAGUGAUUCGGACUCUCAUUCACUUUGUACACAACCAAAAAUUCAAUACACUUCAACUUUGUUGCAAGAUUUCAUGGUCAAGACACAAAUGUUAUCAGAAAGUGCAGAUAAAGGGAAAAAAAGCUGUGAAACGGCCACAACAUCAACAGCAAGUACAAGUACGAGCAUCAUAAAUCGCGGUGAACAAACGUUGGUCAGGAAAAAGCGAGGCAGACCGAAGAAAUCUUUAAAUCCAGUAGUUGUCAAUGAAUCGGCUGAUUCCGGAGUUGUUUCCACCGCUCAGAGCACAUCUCCAUCUCCAAAAAAUCACCUCGAACGGUCUCGAUCACAGGCAAAAGUCGAACGAGAUGUUUCGCCACCAAAGCUUGACAUUGCAAAUUUGGACAAAAGAAUGUAUGCUAUGAACGAGCGAGUGUUGUAUCCUCCUCCAAGGAGCAAGCUUCGAAAACAAUCAACUGCUUCAAAACAAGCUCCUGCAACAAACAAAUCAUUACCAACCAAAAUAACCAAUAAAGAUGACUCGCUAGAUCCGGUUUGGCGAAAAAUCGAUGUAAAUUCCAAAUUUCGAAGACCAAGCGUUAGUGGUUACAAAAGUGACGGUGGCGGAUUUUCUACAACAGUUUGCAGCAAAAUAUUAACUGCAAAAAGUGGAUAUGCCAGUGAUUACAGCGUCAGGAACAACCAUUAUUCUGGAUACAAGAGCGAUGCUAGCGGCAAGAGUCGUUGCAGUAUGAAAAGUUGCUACAGUCGUGUGAGCAGGGCCAAAAGCUGUGAUGGAAAACAUCGAACAAAGUAUCGUCGCAAGCGAAGACCAACUCUUAGCCACUCCAAAUCAGUAGUUAAUUUAAAUGAUCAAGAUAUUUUACAAUUGGCUGGCUUAAGUCUAGGUCAGAGUAGCGAAGAAAGCAGUGGUUCUGUGGUGUGUAAGCCAAAAAUUUUAGUAGAAGACCAUGAAUCUUCGAAUGUGUACAAGAAGUACGGCGAGAUUAAUCGAUACAUCACAACGGGCGAGUACUUUGGCAGGAGUAGGACGUCUCAAUUCUCUGCAGCCAAACAGUUGGACACCAGCAAUGUCGACCAAGAGUCCCAAGAUACAUAUAAUUUUUUGGGCUCAAUAGGCAACAAGUUAUGUUCUCGUUCAAGAAAGAGUUCGGUGGCUACCGAGUUACCAUUGCAUCUAAAUUCUUCGCGUAAAAUGAAAUCACGACGCUCAUCUGUUGCGAGUUUUUGCAGUAGUAGUUUCUUUUCUGGAGUUUCCAAGGUAAAAAGACGCCAUCGAAAAAAAGGCAUGAAAUUUGGCUGCAGCAAAAUGGUAGUAGUUGAUUCAAAACUACUGACUGAAAUUGAAAUUAUAACGAAUUCUUUCCCGACCAUGUGCCGUAUUCAUUGUGAUAAACCGGUUGCUAGUGGUUAUGCCAAAGAAAAAGCUGGCAAUGAACGAUUAGCUCCACAAAAGUCAAUUUACCAAAAUAAGAGGAAUCUCAAGAAGCGAAAGCUGAGUGAAAACGUUGAUUUUGCACUAGCGAACGGCAUGAACUCAGCUAGUACAACAAGCAAGCGACGUCACAAGAAAACAUGCAAUUCUAGCCCCGAUGAUCACAAAUUGCCACUAAAGAAGAGACAUUAUCUAAUGACGCCGGGUGAUAAAACAGAAAAGGCCGCGGUUGCAUAUGCUACGGAAGCUUUGAAGUCUCAUAAGGAAACUGCGGAGCCAAAGGCAAAUGUCCAUUUGGCUAAACCAAGUGGCAGAACAGUUUCUACUAGAGCUGCUGUGACACCGAAAAAGCGACACCUCCUGCAGACGUGCGGCCCUGAUGGUCGAAGUAAUUCACCAAACUAUUCGAGCGAUUCGAAAUCAUACUCGGUGAAAAGUGCAAACGCAGAAAGUGCUCCAGCUGAAGUAGUAAAUAACAAAAAACGUAAUCGAUUGGAAGGAUUGGUUUCUAAAAUUGCGAAUGCUACUGGGAAUAGUUCUGUUGAAGGAAUGCCAACCACUGCUCCAGGUACACCUGCAAACAGUGAACAAUCUUUCCCACCACCGGGUAUAUUUGAACCCUCAGUAGAGCUGGAAAUUCAAAUUCCUAUAUCAAAACUCGGUGAUAGUUCGAUAAUUACAAAAGCCGAAGCUGCGUCUCCAUUGGAUUUGCUGGAUUUACACAAUAAAACGUUUCCAGAGAUUUCUUCAAAUGGCAAGACUGAAAGAGUUGUUGAGUCUUUGUUGAAUAAAACUGGAUGCAAUUUCUUGCUUAAAAGAAAACGAAAGAAAAUCAACAGAACUGGUUUUCCGACUGUUAAGCGUAAGAAGAGAAAGGUUAGUGAAUUGUCUGUAGCACCUGAAUCGGAGAACAAAUCAGAAGCUGAUUCAAAAACUGAACCAAUUUGUGAUCGGGUGCCACAAACUGGCGAGACAAGCGCCACAUUUUUGGAACGUAACCGAACUCCACGAUUAUCGGUGGUUAGUCUUGAACGGCUACAAGGAACCAAUAAAAAACAGAUGGCACGUGAGGCAACACCGAGCAGGACUCGUUCUGCCAAAAUUACUACCCCUGCAAGCAAAAAUAAGAAGCAAAAUAAUGUAUUACCGAAAAAGGAGCAGCCAAAACCUCUUUCUAAAAAGAAGGAAUCAUCUGCAGCAGAACCACUGAAAGUGGCUGUUAAUCCUCUUUUACAUAUGACAUUUCCGGCUUGUAAGAUACGCCUUAAGCGCCGGUUAACAUUAACUCCGACAGUAAAUAAAACACCUGCUGUUGAAACAAAUAAAAAUACUGAAAAGGAAACAAAUUCUGUUAACGAUCUGGAUCUGCCAGCAAAAGCAUCUAAAGGAAUUACAAAGAAAUCCGAAUCAGAAGGAAUUGAUCUACUGGAGCAGGAACCACUUCCCCUUGCUGCAUUUUGUGAUGCAACAAACGCCAUCGAUUCGGAAUCAUCUUCAUCUGUAUCAGUUCUUAGUGAGGAUAGCAAAUCAACUACUCGAAAACAAAAAUGGAAGAAAAGCUACCUUGUGGCUGGACUUUUAUCGGAUUAUUACAAAGUGGCAGAUCCUGGAAGGGGAAAGAAAAUCGCAUCGAAUCAAGUCAAAGACACGAGCUGUGAACCUGUUUUACCUGUAAGUCUACCUCUGUUUCCGGCACCUCCGUAUUGUGAAAAAUACUUCCGACGAACGCAGAUUGAUUUCCAACUGCCCUACGAUAUAUGGUGGUCAUAUACAAAUGGCAAACUGCCCACGAGAGAAACCGUUCCUAGUUGGAAUUAUAAGAAGAUUCGUACAAAUGUAUACCGUUGUGCCGAAGUGAAGCCAAACACGAACAACAUUGAUCGGCCUACUUGUAAUUGUAAACAAGAUAAAGGGUGUGGCGAUGAUUGUCUUAACCGCAUGGUUUACACAGAGUGCUCACCAUCAAGUUGCCCAACUAGAGAGAAGUGUAAAAAUCAGAAAAUUCAACGACAUGAAGUGGCUCCAGGUGUUGAGCGCUUUAUGACCGAAAACAAGGGAUGGGGAGUGCGUACAAAUUUGCCAAUAAAAAAAGGAACAUAUAUUUUAGAAUAUGUUGGAGAGGUUGUGACUGAAAAGGAGUUCAAGGAUCGAAUGGCGACGCUCUACAUAAAUGACACCCAUCAUUAUUGUUUGCAUUUGGAUGGAGGGUUGGUAAUAGAUGGACAUCGAAUGGGUAGCGACGGACGAUUUGUAAAUCAUUCUUGCUCUCCUAAUUGUGAAAUGCAAAAGUGGUCAGUAAAUGGUUUAUCGAGAAUGGCUUUGUUUGCUGCACGAAAUAUCGAAGCGGGUGAAGAGAUAAGCUAUGAUUAUAACUUUUCGCUAUUCAAUCCAUCCGAGGGCCAAGAAUGUCGUUGUAAUACUUUGCAAUGUCGUGGAGUAAUUGGCGGUAAAUCUCAACGAAUUAAACCACUUGUUGAACAACCGAAACCGGUGGACACAACUGCAGGACAGACAGACGGAAGACGAGUAGGACGACAACGAAAAAGACAGGGAUCAGCACGUAAAGAUGUUAUUCGUCUUCAGUCGAAGGACAUUGUAAUGACUCAAAUGGUACAGCAGUUGUCAGAAAAGGAUAAGCGAUUAAUUGCGCUGCAAAGAAUCUUCUUAAUCAGAAACUUUGAAAAGGUUCGCCGGAUUAAGUUAAAGGGAUCACCAAAUGAUGUCGGUAAGCCGGAACAAACUACAACUGUUGCUCUUCCGAGACGGCCUUCAACACCCUCUUCUAUUGCUGUGCAAAUAUCAGCUUUGCGAUCACCAAGAAGUAUCCAGACUCGUGGUCUUGCACAGGCUGUUCAAGACCCCGAAGUCGAAAAAAUGGCCAAAAUGGCUGUUGUUUUUAGAGAUAUUUGUUUAGCAUUAGAGGAAAUUAAAGAUGACACUGAUAAACCCGAAAUUAUUAAACUACAUCCAACCUUAGCAAAGAAAAAAGGCAAACCACCAAAACAACAAGCAAACACUACACCUAAGCCUAUUGAUUUUGCAACUAUCCAGACCAAUGUUGAGAAAGGUUAUUACAAAGUUCCGGUUGAGUUUGACGACGAUGUAGAGAGUCUGCUAUCAGCGAUGCGAGAAUUUCACAAAGAAAACCCAGAGAAGCUAUCAAUUAUCAAGAACAUUUCCGAAUUAUACUUCAAAACAAAGGAUAGCGUUUACGAUCAACUAGUUGACCUAGUUGUUGACAAAAAUAGUUUGAAAAGAUUUCGACCAAAUGCUGGCAUUGAGAAACCUUCAACGGGUGUUGUUAGUAAGAAUUUUUCGUCCAAGUCCAAGCACACAAAAGCAACCACCGAAGAUAUAAUAAGUUGCAUAUGUGGUUUGUAUAAAGAUGAAGGUCUAAUGAUCCAAUGCGCACGAUGUAAUGUUUGGCAGCAUACGGAGUGUACAAAAGCCGAUGUAAAUGCAGACAGUUAUUUGUGUGAAAGGUGCGAUUCACGAGUUGUUGACCGAGAAAUUCCUUUAGAUGAAUUCACAGACGAUGGUCAUAGAUACUAUUUAUCCCUAAUGCGUGGUGAUUUGCAAAUUCGUCAGGGUGAUACGGUUUAUGUUCUGCGUGACAUACCCAUCAAAGAUGAGAACGGUGUCAUUUGUCCUACGAAAAAGCACACAUACGAAACUAUAGGCGAAAUAGAUUAUUCAGAGUGUGAUAUUUUUCGAGUGGAGAGGCUAUGGAAGGAUCAAGAUGGGAAGCGAGUUAUUUUUGGCCAUCAUUUUCUGCGACCACACGAAACCUUUCAUGAACCAUCUAGACGUUUCUAUCCGAAUGAGGUUGUUCGGGUGCCAUUGUACGAACUUGUACCGAUCGAGCUGGUUAUUGGUCGUUGUUGGGUUCUGGAUCGUACGACAUUUUGCAAGGGUCGCCCAACUGAUUGCACAAAUGAAGAGCAUGUUUUCAUUUGUGAACUCAGAGUUGAUAAAUCGGCCAGAUUCUUUAGUAAAGCAAAAGUAAAUUGGCCAACAUGCACAAAGAACUAUGCUUUUAAGAAGUUCGAUGAGAAGCUGAGAAUCUCCAAAACAUAUGCGCCCCAUGAUAUUGAUCCCGCUUUGUUGAAGCAGAGACGGCAGAAGACAGAUUUAGUAGAAAAUACACCCGCCGCAACGCCAAAAUCAACUCCAACAAAUGUUUCUUCUAAUAAAAAAACACAGGUGGUGGCUGCGGUUCAGAAACCGAAAUAUUUUCUGCCUAUUAGAACAAGGAAACAGAAGCGAACUCAUCUGGAAGUGGUGCUGGCAGCUAUAAAGAAGCUCAAAUCGAAGAAGAAUACUCAUAUGAAUGAAGGAGUUAUGGAUGUAUCAUAUUUGCUUUCAGGGCGCGGAGCAAGGAAUCGGAAAUCGAUUGCGGCAAACGUGCCUACGUAGUCAAUAUAAUUAAAUUAAUUGCCAUGCAUGAAUUUUUGGUCCAAACGAUCAAUAAUAUUUGUAUUAUUUAUUCGUAACAUGAUAAUCCUGCAUUAAAUGCAAUCGGUUUUGCCUUUUUUGAAAAGUUUAACUAAUUCAAAAGAUUUGUUUUCUUUUCGAAUAAUAGUAUCCCACGGUAAACACACAAUAGCUUUGUGAAACGCGUAGAAGGUGUAAUAUUCUUAUAUAAUUGAAGGAGACAACUACUGUUUGUAGCUCGUUUUUAUUUUAAGAAGAAAAUUGAAAGUAAAUUUUAUGGCAUGCGUAGAUUAAUUAACUUAUAUACAAAAAUAUAAAUAAUAUGACCUUUAUUUUUUUUUUAAUUUAUUGAUUGUUUGGCGGCUGAAGAUUUGGAUUAAAAAAUUUUCAACACGAGGCACUAGGAUUAAAAAUUAAUUGUAUAUAAACUUAUACACAAUAUUAUUACUAUGGUUAUAAUAUAAUUACCUAUGUUACUAAUUUAUUUAAAAUAAUCAAGGAAACACAUUAGAA